AUGGACAGGAACGCAAGAGCUGCCAAUAAAAUUGUCGGACGUGAGCAGUUUGCGACUGUCUCGAGUUUCAAGGUAGAAGUCAUUUACCUGAAAAGAGAGGAUGGCAACGAGGAGGCAAUAUUUCCCCAGACCGGAGGUCGGUUCGACGGACUCUCGGCUGGUCAUCGCUAUCAACUCUACGGCGACCCGCUCUUGGUGGAAGAGUCGAAUGUGUCCGAUGCCUCGUCGUUUCGCACAGUCGUCGCCUACAGCUGCAGCCAGUUAUCGGUAGCACCGAGCAGCAAGAAAGCGCGGUCGCAAUCGGCAGUCAGAGAAAUCAAGAAGAGUGUUGACCUGUGGUCUAUGCAAGUCGUUCGAAACAAGCUGCAGCUAGCCGAAGUACGUUCGACGUACGAAAGUCACUUCGAAGCUCAAGGUGUUGUUCUGUGUGACGACCGAAUUAUCCUAGUGGACAACCGCGGCGUACCGUUCGCAGAUGGCGACGAAACAAGAGAGACGGCACCGAUCAAGCGAAAGCGAGCUCCAUCGGCCACCGCCUCGUCAACAGCGAUCGGUUACGGCCAGCUGCAGUCGUUGAGCUCGAGCACUCGUGCCUCAUCUCCGGAUAUGGAUAUCCUUUUCAAGAUCGACGGCGAAGUAGAAGACGCGCUAACUCAUCUCGGCCGCCUGGAAUCCAGCUUCGAACGAGUACACGAGAGAAUCGAGAACAUCGAAGACAAGAUGGAGCAAGUUUCUGAAUUGCAAGCUAAAGUGGAGAAAACAGAACAAACUGUCCUUGAUUUGACGCGUGAAUUGAAGAAUGAAAAAGACAAUAGGAUGAAUCUGGAGGGAUAUGUGCAUUACUUGGCCAAUCAGCUUACACAAGACACGACACCUUCCAACCCAAGCGCAACAUCGAAACAAAACGAAAUCUCCAAGAUAGCUACUGAAUCCGAAAACGAAAAUUGCAGUACUCAGAACACAGGCCAAGUAUACCUGCAAUUGAGUGUAGAUAACCCGUAUAUUAUCCUGUGUGGUGGCUCAAGCUGGAAAUUUGUGAAUGUCGCAGACCCUCCAAGCAGUUGUAAAGAACUGUAUGACAGUGGCCUCAACGGAAGCCAGUACACUCAGUCUUACUUACUGAACGACGGAGCGGGAGGAACACCUUACAAGACAUAUUGUGAUAUGAGUUCAGAUGGUGGAGGUUGGACGCUCGUCGCUCGAGCACAAGGACAGACUACAGAGUGGGCUCCGGCUAGUCAAUCCUGGUCUAACAACGUUCUCAUUGCGCCGGAUACAGCCGACAACGUUAGUGCAAUGAGUUCGAUGAAAAACAAAGGAUGGCUAAAUAUCAACGGACAAAAACUGAAAGUGUGCUACGACGGACCACACACCGAUUGUGCUGUGUUUACCCAUAAUCUAGGAAUCCCACUUUCUCAACUGUUUGCCAAGAGAUUUCGCGUGGCGGUUACUGAGAAUUACACUUUUCGGACACUUAGAGCUGCGUUUAAUCUCUCUUCUUCUGUUUAUCGCUUCCCGGCCAGAGCUCAAUGGUGCGGACUGAAUCUGGGCAAAUGCAUGGGUCGCACAAUUUGUCGCAUCGGAUGCAUUGGUGACUUUACGGCGAGCUCGGACGUGUGCGGGAUGGAUGACUAUGCUCUUGGUAUUGGAGUGAGCAGCUGCUUUGACAACUACGGUUGUGACAGCGUUGGAACGUCAACAAACAAUCUGCAUUACCGAGACAGACCAAAUCACGGAGUCUUUCUACAGACUGCCUUCAUAUACGUGCAGUAAUGAAAUCGGAAUUUUUGGUGAAGACGAUGUGUCAGUGCGUGUGUUUUUUGUUGUAGUGUAAGUGAGGGCGUGUAUACAUAGUGUUGUUGUUUACAUAGCAUCUGUAUACGCAUGCGCAAGUACUAAUUAAAUUUAAUUAAGAAAUACAAGAGAGCUAGACUGUAUCAGUAGGCAUCGCUGUGCUGUGGUCAUAGCA